CGAACAGGCUCCCGCCACCUUCCACCUUCUGACAAAGACAGAAAUCGCAUAUUUGAAGGUUUGGCUAAAUUAAAUUUCCUGGAUAAGAGCAAGGGAUAUUCUCUUCGCGACUUUGGCAUCGCAGAGCUCUCAUAUAUUGUCGUGAGGUACUUGCCUCCCAACAAGUAGGCUAUCCCAGCCGACUCCCGUGAAGCUGCAACCUUGCGAUAUCUUGACCGAAUUAGGUCUGAUAUUGGCUAUUCAUACCUCGACGCCAUCAUGGCGCUCAAUUAUGUUACCUUCAAUCAAGACUAUAGUUACAUAUCCGCUGGAACUACCAAAGGAUUCCGACAAUACACCACCGAGCCAUUUGAGAAGCACUUUGAGACCAAUGAAGGAGACAUCUCCCUUGUCGAGAUGUUGUUCUCCACGUCUCUGGUGGCGUUAGUAUUGUCUCCGCGAUUAUUGCGGAUACAGAAUACAAAGCGUCAAUCGACAAUAUGCGACCUCACCUUUCCGUCACGUGUUCUUGCCGUCCGUAUGAACAGAAAGCGCUUAGUUGUGGUCCUUGAGGACUCCAUUUACGUCUAUGACAUCAGUAACAUGAAUUUGAUUCGCAGAAUUGAAACUUCACCAAAUCCACACGCUAUCUGCGCACUUUCAUCGUCAUCAGAGAACAACUACUUGGUAUAUCCGUUGCCUCAGAAAGUGGCCCCUUCUCCAUUUGCUCCGCCGUCACACACCCCGCCGACUGGGACACAUGUUGCCCCAACCACUGGCGAAGUGAUGAUCUUCGAUGCCACCAAGAUGGAAGCUGUGAACGUCGUCGAGGCACAUCAGACUCCGUUGUCCUGCGUGUCAUUGAACGGCGAAGGCAACUUGCUCGCGACGGCGUCCGAGAAGGGGACGAUCAUCCGCGUCUUCUCCGUUCCGCUCGCGCAGAAACUCUUCCAAUUUCGGCGCGGCUCCAUCCCCGCCAGGAUCUUCAGCAUGUCCUUCAACGCGACUUCUUCGCUGCUCUGCGUCUCCUCCGCGACGGAAACCGUUCACAUCUUCCGAUUGGUCUCUCCGCAAAAGGCAUCCAGUCGACCCGGCUCGGCAACUUCCUCACCCCGCUCCCCGACCUUCUCUCCUACUCGAGACCGAAGCGCAUCGAUCAGUAGCGAAGACCAUAUCGACUCAGGGAGCAUGGAUUAUGAGUCGAUCGGUGCCUCUACAGCCGCAGCGGAAAGGAAACCGCUGAAUCCCACCCUCGCAUCGAUGAUUCGAAGAACGUCUCAGAACAUGACCAAGACUUUCGCUUCCUCCCUGGGGACCUAUCUUCCAACCGCCGUCACCGAGAUCUGGGAGCCGCAGCGCGACUUCGCUUGGGUCAAGGUUCCGCGGAGCACUGCACCAAAUCUUGGGGAGGGUGGUGGUCCGGUUCGAACUGUUGUGGCGAUGAGAAACAAUACCCCACAGUUGAUGGUCGUCACAAGUGCUGGGGCUUUCUACGUAUACAAUAUCGAUUUGGAGAAAGGGGGGGAAGGGGUUUUGGAGCACCAGUUUUCGUUUAUUGAAGCAAAUGAUAGGCUAGGACGGUCAUUAUAUGAGGAGUGAUUUAAUUCGACGCAUAGACAGGCGCAGGGAAUAGGUUUAAUGAUUUCGCAACGCACGCAGCCGCAAUUGAAUCAGC